AUGGAAAGUGGUGAUGGGUUGAGAAUGAAUAGUACCAGGUUAGGCAGUUCCAGAAUGUUUAGGGGAAGCAAUAGGGAACUUUUCUCAACAUCAAUUCGUGAUGAAGAUGACGAAGAAGCACUGAAAUGGGCUGCAAUCGAAAAGUUACCAACUUACCUACGUAUAAGGAGAGGUGUACUGACUGAAGACAGCAACCAGCCAAGAGAAAUCGAUAUAGCAGAUCUAGAGCAGCUGGAGAAGAAGAACAUUCUAGAGAAGUUAGUGAAAGUAGCUAAUGAAGACAAUGAGAAGUUCUUGCGGAAACUCAAGCAACGUAUUGACAGGGUAGGGAUUGAACUUCCAAAGAUCGAAGUUCGGUUUGAACAUCUCAAAGUUGAUGCAGAGGCUUAUGUUGGCAGCAGGGCGCUUCCAACAGUGUUCAACUUCUUCAAAAAUAUCCUAGAGGGAUUCUUGAAUGUCCUACACAUUCUUCCAACUAGAAAGAAACCCUUUACAAUCCUCAACGAUCUCAGUGGAAUCAUCAAACCUGGCAGAAUGACAUUAUUACUAGGUCCACCAAGCUCUGGUAAAACUACAUUACUACUGGCUUUGGCAGGAAAACUCAGUUCAGAACUAAAAGUUUCAGGAAGAGUGACAUACAAUGGACAUGGAAUGGAAGAGUUUGUUCCACAAAGAACAUCAGCAUACAUUAGCCAGAAUGACCUACAUAUAGGAGAAUUGACUGUGAGAGAAACACUAGCUUUCUCAGCUAGAUGUCAAGGAAUCGGCAGUCGAUAUGAGAUGUUAGCUGAAUUGUCAAGGAGAGAAAAACAGGCAAACAUUAAACCUGAUCUAGAUAUUGAUAUCUUCAUGAAGGCUGCUUCAUUAGAAGGACAAGAAGCUAUCGUAACGGACUAUACACUCAGAAUUCUAGGUCUGGAAAACUGUGCCGAUUCGCUAGUCGGAGACGGAAUGAUACGCGGCAUAUCAGGAGGAGAAAAAAAGCGCGUCACAGUCGGAGAGAUGUUGGUUGGACCUGCUCGAGCGCUGAUGAUGGAUGAAAUAUCGACGGGAUUGGACAGUUCUACGACGUUUCAGAUCGUGAAUUCAAUCAAGCAGUUCGUCCAUAUCCUGCAGGGGACAGCUAUCAUCUCUCUACUGCAGCCGUCGCCGGAAACAUACGAUCUCUUUGACGAAAUCAUUCUCGUCGCCGACGAGAAAAUCAUGUAUCAAGGUCCCCGGGAAAACGUAUUGGAGUUCUUCCAGUUUAUGGGGUUUAAGUGCCCUCAAAGGAAAGGGAUUGCUGACUUCCUUCAAGAAGUAACAUCAAAGAAGGACCAAAAACAAUAUUGGAUAUUGAAAGAGGAACCUUACACCUUCGUUAGUGCCAAAGAAUUUGCAGACGCAUUUCAAUCUUUCCAUGUAGGCCAAAACUUAGCCGACCAACUCGCGAUCCCUUUCGACAAAACAACUAGUCAUCCCGAAGCCUUGACGACUAAAAAAUACGGUGCCCCUAAGAAGGAUCUUUUGAAAGCUUGUAUCUCAAGAGAAUACUUACUCAUGCAGAGAAAUUCAUUCGUAUACAAAUCCAAGCUUUUUCAACUUGCAUUUAUGGCUGUCGUCACAAUGACAGUUUACCUUAGAUCAAAGUUGUCCAAAAAUACAAUAGAAGAUGGUGAGAUUUACAUGGGAGCUACGUUCUAUAUUAUGCUGACGAUUUUGUUCAUAGGCUACACAGAGCUUGCGAUGACAAUUUUAAAACUUCCCGUGUUUUACAAGCAAAGAGAUUUCUUAUUCUUUCCUACAUGGGCAUAUUCAUUACCUACUUGGAUCCUUAAGAUCCCGAUUUCAAUGGUGGAAGUCGGGAUUUGGGUUUUCGUGACUUAUUAUGUCAUAGGAUUUGACUCGAACGUUACAAGGUUUUUCAAACAAUACCUUUUACUACUAUGUUUUAUACAAAUGGCUUCUUCGCUUUUUCGGCUCAUGGCAUCGCUUGGAAGAAACAUUGUUAUUGCAAACACGUGUGGCUUGUCCGCGUUGCUUCUUGUUGUGUUGUUCAGUGGAUUUUCCAUAUCUAAAGACAACAUAAGUGAUGCAUGGAUAUGGGGAUAUUGGAGCUCGCCUAUGAUGUAUGGUCAAAAUGCAAUCAUCGUGAACGAAUUUCUUGGGAAUAGUUGGCAUCAAAGUUUUCCGAAUACGAAUCAAACAUUAGGAGAGGUGCUAAUGAUCUCCAAAAGUUUUUUCCAUCAAGCAAGAUGGUAUUGGAUUGGAAUAGGGGCUUUAAUUGGAUAUAUUAUUCUAUUUAACCUAUUUUACACAUUGGCUCUUACUUACCUUAACCCAAUUAGUAAGCCACAAACAAUUCUAGCGGAUGUGCCCGAUAUAGAAGCCGAGACAAAUAAUGAACAUGGAACUAAUAAGAAGAAACGUGGAAUGGUUCUACCUUUCGAACCCCUUUUGAUCACAUUCGACCAAAUUAGAUAUUCCGUUAAUAUGCCACAAGAGAUGAAGGUUAAAUUAGGUGUAAACGAAGAACGGUUGGAGCUUUUGAAAGGCGUAAGUGGAUAUUUUAGACCGGGAAUUUUAACAGCAUUGAUGGGCGUAAGUGGAGCUGGAAAGACCACUUUGAUGGACGUAUUGGCUGGUCGAAAAACAGGAGGAUACAUAGAUGGAAGUAUCAUGAUAUCGGGUUAUCCAAAGAAGCAAGAAACGUUUGCACGAAUUGCGGGAUAUUGCGAGCAAACCGACAUUCAUUCUCCUCAUGUAACUAUUUACGAAUCCUUGAAUUACUCGGCUUGGCUUAGGUUGCCUAAAGAGGUCAAUAAUGUGUCGAGAAAGACGUUUGUCGAAGAGGUUAUGGAGCUCGUGGAAAUAACUUCAUUAAGAGACGCACUUGUGGGUAUGCCCGGUAUCAAUGGCCUUUCAACCGAGCAACGCAAAAGGCUAACCAUUGCAGUUGAACUUGUAGCAAAUCCGUCCAUAAUAUUCAUGGACGAACCAACCUCGGGGCUCGAUGCUAGAGCGGCUGCAAUCGUGAUGAGAACCCUAAGGAACAUUGUGGACACUGGACGAACUAUUGUAUGCACGAUUCAUCAACCAAGCAUAGACAUAAUCGACAGCUUUGAUGAAUUACUACUUCUCAAACGAGGAGGCAAACAAAUCUAUUUCGGUCCCUUGGGGCAACACUCGAUCGAUCUCAUCAACUAUUUCGAGGCAAUAAGUGGGGUUGAAAAAAUUAAAGAUGGUUACAAUCCUGCGACAUGGAUGCUUGAGGUGUCGUCAGUGUCACAAGAAACAUCUCUCGGAAUUAAUUUUGCCGAUAUUUAUGAAAAAUCGGAUCUAUACAAGAGAAACAAAGCUAUACUCGAUGAAAAAAACAAACCCCAACCCGGUUCAAAAGAUCUUCAUUUUCCUACUAAGUAUUCGCAAUCUUUUGUAACACAAUUCAAGGCUUGCUUAUGGAAACAACACUUGUCAUAUUGGCGAAACCCAACUUACACGGCGAUUAGAAUCAUUUUCACAACCGUCGUCGCUCUUAUCUUCAGCACCAUUUUCUGGAAUCUUGGAUCGAAAACGGAUACAAAACAAGAUUUAGUCAAUGCAAUGGGUGCAAUGUAUUGUACAAUUAUGCUCAUUGGUGUGUCAAAUGCCACAGCAGUACAACCUAUUGUCUCAAUAGAGAGAACAGUGUUUUAUAGAGAAAAAUCAGCUGGAAUGUUCUCUGCUUUGCCAUAUGCUUUUGCUCAGGUUAUAAUUGAGAUUCCACAUGUUCUCCUACAAUCAACCAUAUAUGUUGUUAUAGUGUAUUCCAUGAUAGGAUUUAAAUGGACAGCUGCAAAGUUCUUGUGGUACUAUCUCUUCUCAUACCUUACAAUACUAUACUUCACAUUAUAUGGGAUGAUGGUUGUCGCGGUCACCCCAAACCACACGAUUGCAAACAUAGCUGCAUUCGCGUUUUAUCAAUUAUGGAACCUUUUCUCCGGAUAUUUCAUCCCAUCAACCAGGAUUCCGGGAUGGUGGAAGUGGUAUUACUAUAGUUCUCCCUUAUCUUGGACGAUAUAUGGUUUGUUAGUCUCACAAUAUGGGGACGUCGAAAACAAGCUUGAAUCGGGAGAAUCGGUGAAAAAGUAUUUGAGGGAUUAUUACGAUUAUAAACACGAUAUGGUGGGUUAUGUUGCUAUGAUUCUAAUUAGUUUUGUGCUCUUCUUUAUUUUUAUAUUUGCCUAUUCAAUCAAGUCACUCAACUUUCAAAAGAGAUGAGAUUAAUUCUUCAUCUUCAAAUUCCAUGUGAGAAUUUGGUAAUAAAUUAUGGUUCCAAAGUUGUCAUGUACCAACACCUUAGUAACUCUGUUUAC